AUGGUCAGCUAUUGGCAUCAGGCCCGCUACGUGGUUGGGAGCAAUGCAAUGCACGCGUUGAUUUGGAGCCUUCGACGUACGCACAAAGCGGUAUUGUGGACGGAUUCAGCAUAUGUGGCCACCCAUUUCUGGCGUUUGCAGGCCUCACCGUGUGCAGAAUUACCAAAUUCUCAUGGUGACCUCUGGCAGGAAGUCCGUGACAAUCUUUCGGUGAGCAACGGCGGCUUCAAGGUCAUUCAUGUCCCUGCGCAUCAGCAGCACGACACCAAUCUGGCCGAGGCUGAUAUGUGGACUGAAAUUCGAAAGCUGACAUUGCGGCGGCCGAAGGACGCCAACGUCGCUUGGCACCUUUUUGGACGCUCUGGGCGCAAUAUCGGGAUUAUGAGCAGCAAACAUUGCGCGAUGUCGGACUCCUCCGGCAGCUCCAUCUUGCAGUAG